UAGUGCUAUUUUUGUUUAUGAAAUCGGGAGAAAAGGAACGUCAUGCAAAUAACAGAUUUACUGUGUGAAUUGCAAAUAAAUAGCUGAUUUCUGGACAAAUUUGUUGUUAAAUUUCAGUGCAAAUAAAGUAAAUAGAACAAUUGUUACGAUUUUAUUGUUCUAGAAAAUUUGUUUUCGUGUAGAAGUUUAAUCGUAAAUAAUGUCAACUCCAGCUCGUCGUCGUUUAAUGAGAGACUUCAAAAGGUUACAAGAAGAUCCACCAACUGGUGUCAGUGGAGCACCCACUGACAACAACAUUAUGAUAUGGAAUGCAGUGAUAUUUGGUCCACAUGACACCCCCUUUGAAGAUGGUACUUUCAAACUGACCAUCGAGUUUACUGAAGAAUACCCAAAUAAACCACCUACAGUUAGAUUUGUUAGUCACAUGUUCCAUCCCAAUGUAUACGCCGAUGGUGGUAUUUGCUUAGAUAUCUUACAAAAUCGAUGGAGUCCUACGUAUGAUGUUUCUGCUAUAUUAACAUCUAUACAAUCUCUACUUAGUGAUCCAAAUCCUAACUCUCCAGCAAAUUCAAUGGCUGCACAAUUAUACAAGGAAAACCGAAGGGAAUAUGAAAAACGAGUGAAAGCUUGUGUUGAACAGAGCUUCAUAGAUUAGCCAAUUUAGCUACAUUUAAAUAUAUACAUAAAUAUAUAUAUAUUUCUUUACACUACUGCUGUUGAUAAGUAAACAUGUAAAUUUGCAAAAUUGUAUUGUUUCAGUAUGUAAUGUAAAAUAUUCUUUUUGCGAUUUUAUAAUCAUAUUCCCUUUCUCCCCAGGACUAAUAUCAAUAACCUAUUACAUCUUCAAGCCUUUGUCUUUCUCUUUUUUAUGUAACCUAGGGGUGUUUUCUCCCCGAAUUAACGUAAAUUAGAUUAUUGUUUAGUUUUGAAAGAAAGCUGGUAUAGUUAUUUUAGUUAUUAUGGUCUUUUUCACUUGCGUACUUUAGGAUUUACAAUAUUAUCUACAACUGCCGUCUUUCUUGUACUUUCUCUGUUGGUGUAAAAACAGAAAUAGUUAUAAACCUGUGCUAUAUUAUAAGUAUGUCAAAUAAAUUAUUAAUUUAU